AUGGCUUCUACGCGGGUAUCUUCUGAGAGUGUGAAUCAUCAACUUGAGCAGACAUCGGGUAGUUGUACGAAUGAUAUUGUGGUACCACCGUCCUCCUCGUCCAUCGCCAAUAAUGCCCAACCGAUCGGAUCAACAUCAAAAACAAAACAGAAUUCCGAACUGAAGACUGCAAAACAGUGGACAUAUUAUAUCGAGACACUGAAACGCACUGUGGAUUGUAUCUAUGAAAUGUGUCGUAAACAACACAGUGUCAUUGGCUGUAAGGAAGCGCUAAUGUAUUUAUCGAGUUCAGUGCGUGACUUUGAAUCUCUCAUUGAAACCAUCAAUGUUGAAGUGGCAUGGGAAGUGGAGAGCAGGCUAUUAUUGAAUUUACCACACGCAGUUGCAUGGGAGAUUCGUAAAACGAUGUCACCACCGGGAAACGUCGAUAUGGUUGGAUCGAGUAAAGAUGCCGAGACACUCAUCAGUAUGCUCAAUUUGUUAGUUUUCAAUUCAUUUUAA